AUGUCUACAAGCGCCUUGGCUUCGAAUGCCUGCCAUUCGUGCUCGGUGAGAAAAAAAGGUUGCGAUCGGUCACUGCCGGCUUGCGGCCGAUGUGUAGGUCGCAACAGCGUGUGUCACUAUGGCUCUUCGUCCAAAGCGCAGCAACCUCCGUCAAACGACCUGGACCCCAAGGAACAGCCCUUAGGUCUUGCUUCUUAUCUAGGACCAAGUGUCGCGAAACGCCAGGACCCUGACGAUUUGCUAACAUCCCACCUCUUCGCUACGCUAAAAAAGCUCAACCUUGCAGUAGAGGGUGUCCUUGACGCCAUCAACAUUGCUCAAGACCUGCUUCGCGUGGAGAAGACUGCCGAUAUCCUCGAGCUGGACAGGAUGCCCCUCCCAGCUGUGGUUCUAUACAAGAGGGUUGGAUUUACCGCCAUCCUUCUGGAAAAACAUCAUGGUCGAGAUACCCAGGAUCUAUUGCGAGAAGUGGUACAAAGCCUCUCGGACAAGAUUGGUAAGCGAUGGAAUGUUGCCAUUCACAUCGCUUCUCAGCUCCGCAAAGCAUCUCCUCGGAGUCAAGACACGGGCAUAGCUUAG